UGAUGAACUUGAUACUGCGACAGUAAUCGAAGUCAGUACGAGAGGAACACUUCGUUCCGAUACUUGGUACAUGCGGCUAGCUGAAAAGCUAAUGCCAGGAAGCAAGGGAAGCGCGGCAGGGGCGAACCAGGUGGAAUAGAAGCAAGCAUCUGAAAACUGUACCGCAGAAGCCGCUAGCGGCAUGCCGUUCAGGAGCCGUCCAGGUGGUGGCCUCCCCUGGUAGAGUGUAACUGAGAGGGUUUGCGAGCCAGGCUUGUGCCUGCGCAUCUAGUAGAAUAGCUAAGUAUGCCAGGGACGUGGACAACAGCCUUGACGCGCUCCAGAACGCCAGCGCGGCCACCGCGAGUUGUCGCUGCCAGUGCCAGCUGUGAACGUUGGGGCGUGAAGCAAGCUCGCAACCUCCAUCCAACACGUCACGUCGGACGAUUGUAGCUUGCCUGGCUUCCUAACUCUGCCGAAGUCAAACCCUCAGAAACACUUCCUGUGCACGAUGGUGGGGUCCGACUCGUCGUAAACCCCCCUUGGAGAUCCACAUCUGCUGGAAUGUGUUCUUCAAUGGAAGUAUCGAUCCACCGGUCCACACUGAGUACUUGCUCUCGGGCGGAGCCACGACUUUGAUGUUCAUUCUGGAAGGAGCCAGUGCCGUCAGCUCCUUGGUCAAGCGCUCGCCGAUGCCUGGGAACAUUGUGGUGCCACCAGGGAGCGCCGCGUUAGCGUACAGGUCCUUGCGGUUAUCUAAAUCGCACUACGUGAUCGACUGGGGCGUGGUGUCGUGGAUGCCGCUGGCUUCCUUGCCCACGAAACUAAGAUGGAAGCGCACUUCUGGGCAGCGGAAGCGCUUGCUGCCCACGGUUAUGAUGUUCCCGUCGGGCCCGUCGGGGAGCUCGUGCGACUUCUCCUUGUCGGAGCUCUCCGUGGCGGCCUUCUUUUCGGUGCCGAGUCGAGCGGGAUGUAGCAGAGCUUUUCCUUGACGUCGCGCGCGAUCUUUCGCGCAGCCGUGGUGGUAAAGGAGUGGCCACGCUCGGUGAGGAUAUUCAUCAAAUGCUCCGUGGGGUCCCGCCCAAACGCACGAUCGCAUGCGGCAGCGCGUAACCCACAUAGGUGGGUACUACGUGCGACACGCCAUUGCCGGAUUCCAUGACCAACCCAGUGGUGUGGCCAGAAGCGCACAGCGAGAGCACUGCGUGGAUCGCGACGCACAUCGCUGGCACGUUAAGCGUCUCAAACAUGAUCUGCGUCAUGUGCUCGCGGUUCGC